GGCCAUGGCGGACGAGGCGGCGCGGCGGGCGGUGGCGGAGCUGCCGCUGCUGCGGACGGCGGCCGGGCCGCGGGACCGGGACGGCUGGGCGGCGAGGCUGAAGGAGGAGUACCGCGCCCUCAUCCAGUACGUGGAGAACAACAAACGCGCCGACAACGACUGGUUCCGCCUGGAGUCAAACGCUGAGGGCACGCGGUGGUUCGGGAGGUGCUGGUACGUCCACGAGUUGCUGAAGUACGAGUUCGCCAUCGAGUUUGACAUCCCGGUGACGUAUCCCUCCACCGCCCCCGAGAUCGCCAUCCCCGAGCUGGACGGGAAGACGGCCAAGAUGUACAGGGGGGGCAAGAUCUGCCUCAGCGAUCACUUCAAGCCCCUCUGGGCCAGGAACGUCCCCAAAUUCGGCUUGGCCCAUCUGAUGGCGCUGGGGCUCGGGCCCUGGCUGGCCGUGGAGAUCCCCGACCUGGUGGCCAAAGGCAUCAUCCAGCACAAGGACAACUGAGCGGUGUGGGGGCGGGGUUGGGAUCCAGCCCCCUCGCCCAGCCGCUCCCUCCGCCGCCGCGCUGCUGCUCCCCAAUAAACGCUCGAAGCCGC